CAGCAAGUGAGAGGCCCUCCGCAAACCCCACAGCUGGAGGGUGAGGCCCGAGAGCCCUUCUGGGGCCACAGGAGUGCGUCCUCCAGGCCCGGUGCUCCCGCGCCUGAUCGGGGUUCAUGGAGCUGGGGCUGUGGCUACUCUUCGGGCUCACAGUGACCUCCGCUGCAGGAUUGGUGCCUGGCGCCCAGCCUGCAGCCAGAUCGGAGGGGGACAUUGAGACCGUGGCCAGGACUGCAGUGCAGGGUCCAAGUCCCCGGAGCCCUGGGCAGGAGCAGGGACCAGGUUGGUUUGGGGAGCAGGUGGCCAAGGGGGGCCCAGCACGCCGCCGAGCCAGACGCUGCACGUGUUUCACCUACAAAGACAAGGAGUGCGUCUACUAUUGCCACCUGGACAUCAUCUGGAUCAAUACCCCUGAACAGACUGUGCCCUAUGGACUGUCCAGCUACCGAGGACACUUCCGCAGCAGGAGGUCCACAGCGCUGUUUCCGCGGAGCCCACAGCCCUCCAAGUGGACGCUGCGCUGUGCUUGUGCGGCGAGCCACGACCCCACCUGUGAGCGUUUCUGCACCGGAACCCUGGCUGUCGGCAGGCACUCAGGGGCCGAAGAACCGGACCAAGGAGAGGCAGUGCUGGCCGGCGGGGUGGACAGAGGCCCGCAUCCGAGGAGGUUGAAGUCAAGGACAGACAGACAGAGCCGUCUCUAGACCUCCACCAUCACAGGCUUGCCCGGUGUGGGCCCCGCCUCCGCCUGCUGCCUCUGGAGCCCCCCAGGAGGC